AUGGAUCACAGACUCUCCAGAGGCAGCUGGGUGCCGGUGACUGGACUGGUUAUAUGUCUGCUUCUGUGUGCGUGUGUCGUGGACCUGGUUCUGGCGCAAAUUCGGUACUCCAUCCCGGAGGAGUUGGAGCAUGGAGCUUUUGUCGGCAACAUCGCCGAAGACCUGGGCUUGGAUGUGGCUAAGCUGUCAGCCCGUCGGUUUCGUCUCGUCUCCGGCGCAAAUAAGCAGUAUUUAGAGGUGAACUUGGAGAAUGGCAUUCUCUUCGUCAACGAAAAGAUGGACAGAGAGGAGCUGUGUGAAAGAAGUCCGAGCUGUUUUUUACACUUACAAGUGGUUAUUGAGAACCCAUUAGAACUAUACAGAGUGGAAGUGGAGAUUCUCGAUGUGAAUGACAACUCUCCCAGUUUCCCAUGGAGCGAGUUUAACCUCGACAUCACGGAGUCGGCUGCGCCUGGCUCCUGUUUCCCGUUGGAGAGCGCACAGGACCAGGACGUGGGCACCAACUCGCUGCGCUCUUACCAGCUAAGCGCAAACGAGCACUUCAUACUGAACAUCCAGACGCGCAACGAUGGAAGCAAGUUUGCCGAGCUCGUGCUGGACACGCCACUGGACCGGGAACAGCAGAAAAGACAUGAAAUGGUUCUGACAGCCAUUGACGGGGGGUCGCCGGAACGCUCCGGGACGGCGUUGAUAACUAUUAUCGUGUUAGAUGCAAACGAUAACGUGCCCGUGUUCGACCGCUCAGUUUACCGGUCGAGCCUGGUGGAGAACGCAGCGAGGGGGACGCUGGUGCUGAAGCUAAACGCCACAGACCUGGAUGAGGGCUCGAACGGAGAGGUGACCUACGCGUUUAGCGGGCACGCACCCCUGAAGGUGCGAGAACUGUUCAGCGUGGACCCGUACACGGGUGAAAUCCGAGUGAAGGGCAUUGUGGACUAUGAGAAAUCCAGUGUCUACGAGCUGUACGUGCAGGCGAAAGACAGGGGACCUUCCGCUGUGGCAGUGCACAGUAAAGUGCUGGUGGACAUCCUGGAUGUGAAUGAUAACGCGCCCGAAGUCAUCCUCACAUCAGUGUCCACACCUGUCCAGGAAGACGCGCCGCCGGGCACGGUCAUAGCUGUUAUCAGUGUCAUGGACCGGGACUCUGGAGAGAACGGGAACGUUGACUGUCAAAUCCCGAACAACGUUCCCUUUCAGCUCCAUUCAUCAUUCAAAAACUACUAUACUCUGGUGACAAGCGAAUUUCUGGACCGGGAAGCGGUGUCCGAGUACAACAUCACGCUCACUGCCCGCGACCUGGGCUCUCCGUCGCUCUCCACCAGGAAAACCAUCCUCGUUCAAGUGUCUGACAUUAAUGACAACCCCCCGCGGUUCUCUCAACCUUCAUACACAGUUUAUGUGACCGAGAAUAAUGCCCCGGGCGCUUCCAUUUGCUCCGUCACUGCGUUCGACCCCGAUUCCAACCAGAACGCCUAUCUGUCUUAUUCUAUUCUCGAGGGUCAGAUUCAGGGCAUGCCCGUGUCCACUUAUGUCUCCAUCAACUCGGACAACGGCAAUAUCUACGCACUGCGCUCUUUUGAUUAUGAGCAACUUAGAAACUUUCAGAUCCUGGUCCAGGCGCAGGACGCUGGUUUCCCCCCUCUCGCCAACAAUAUCACAGUCAAUGUCUUUGUCUUGGACCAGAACGAUAACGCGCCUGCUAUUGUAUCCCCGCUGCCCAAAAACGGCACCGUGGCCACAGAGGUGGUUCCACGGUCAGUGGAUGCCGGGUAUCUGGUUACCAAGAUAACAGCGUUAGACGCAGACGCGGGGCAAAACUCCCGGCUGUCCUAUCAGGUAUUACAGGCUACAGACCCAGGACUGUUCAGCGUCGCUCUGUACACCGGCGAAAUCAGGACUUUACGCCGGUUAGUGGAGAAAGACGCAACAAGGCACAGGCUGGUAAUAUUAGUCAAGGACAACGGGCAGCCGCCGCUCUCCGCCACCGUCUCCAUUGUCCUCACAGUGGUGGACAGCGUGCCCGAGUCGCUGUCAGAUUUCGGAGACCUCACUCUCAGCCCACAGCCCCCCUCCAACCUCGCUCUCUACUUGAUCGUGUCACUGAGCACGAUCUCUCUAAUAUUCCUGGUCGCUAUCAUCGUGCUGGCCGCGGUGAAGUGCUACAAGGACAGGGAGACCCUCAGCGGGUACAACCUGCCCCCGUUCGCCUGCUGCUGCUGUGGCGGGUUCCAGCCCGAGCCGCCCCCGGAGGUGUUCAAAAAAUCCAACCUCAACCUGCAGAUUUCCUCCGCGGCCAAAGUGCCCACAAACUGCAUGGAAGUGAAUGCAAACAGCAGCCUCUCUCAGUCAUAUUGUUAUAAAGUGUGCCUGACCCCCGAAUCUGCCAAGAGUGACUUUAUGUUCCUGAAGCCGUGCAGCCCCGGCAGCACGCCGAGGAACAACGAGGCGAAGAGCGCAGAAAACUCGUGGAACGCACAAAGCCGGAGCGCAUCUGUGAACAACGGAGCAACUACUCCCAAUGAGCUAAAGCAGCCAAACACAGACUGGACUCUGACAAAAAACCAGAACUCCUCCAUAAAAAGUUACAACUCUAUCAACAUGGAUGGCACCCUGAUGCGUAAGGCCAUGCAUGCUGACCCAGAAAACUACGUCACGUCCAUGGCCCCUGGACAGUACUGGACCUGGGGUACUCACAUGAGAGGCCCGAAAGAAUACAAGAUGUCUCCAUCAACCAGUGGGGUCACCUCUCGCCCCUGGACUCCUCGCUGCACACCUCCUCCUCCUCAGCAGCAGCAGCCGCCGGCGGUGCCCCCCCAACCUCACCCACACCCGCCCCCUGACUACCACCACAAUGUGUACAUACCCGGGACACCAUCGGGCUUUUGCACCCUGAGGCCCGCUGUACAGCGGAGUGAGCUGGACGUCCACAACGCCUUCUCCACCUUUGGCAAGAGGCGGCGUAUGCAGAUGUCCCCCCAGGGAGAGGCUGCGAUUAUAAAUAAUGACUUGUACAACGACUGA